UGUCAGCUAAACCGGUCUGUUAAACCAGUUCUCUCGUCUCUCGAGCGCUUGUGUAGACUUUAAACAGCCUUCAGGAAACAUACAGUAGUUCGCACAUGACAUGACAAAACUUGCCGCCAUGAAUCACGCUCUUUUGCGGAUUUUGCUUCUUACGGUGUCGUGUGCGUUUGCGCGAAAUGAAACGCUCAAUCCAGCUAUCAUCGAUGAGCAGCUGCUCUGGGUCAGUGGUGCAAUUGGAGAAGUGAACACCUACAGAAUUCCCCUGCUCACCUUCACUACUCAGGGAAGUCUGCUGGCUUUUGCAGAGGCCCGGAAACUGUCCUUCCAAGACAUUGGAGCCAAGUUCAUCGCUUUAAGACGCUCCACAGACAGAGGAGCCACCUGGUCUCCCACCUCCUUCAUAGUGGACGAUGGUGAUCUAGCAGAUGGGCUGAAUCUAGGUUCGGUCGUUGUGGAUGAAGAGACUGGCGCUGUGAUAGUCAUCUACUCGUUGUGUUUCCACCGUUAUCACUGCAAGCCCUCAAACACAAUGAUGGUGCAGAGUCUGGAUGAUGGGUUCACCUGGAGCGCCCCGCGAAACCUUAACCCUCAAUUGGGGCUCAUGAGUUUUCUUCCUGGACCUGGCUUCGGCAUACAAAAACGUCAUCCGCCCGCAGUUGGGCGUCUGGUGGUGUGUGGCCACGGCAGCUUGGCUGGAGACGGAGUGUUCUGCAUCCUGAGUGAUGAUCAUGGAAACACAUGGAGAUACGGAGCUGAGCUGAAGAGCAUUCCCUACAACCAGCGCAAACACGACCUUGACUUUGAACCAGAUGAGUGUCAGCCAGUGGAGCUGGAUGACGGCAGCAUCGUGAUUAAUGUGCGCAACCAAUAUCACUACCACUGCCGCUGUCGCAUUGUUGUACGCAGUCUGGAUGGAGGAGAGUCUCUGCCGGUGGAGGAGCUGGUGUUUGAUCACACACUGGAGGAUUCUGCGGUUGCAGCUGGAGCUUUAGAGAAGGAAGGAGUGCUUUACUUCACCAACCCAGCCAACGCUAACAGCAGAGUGAACCUCACCCUUCGCUGGUCUCUGAAUCGCGGUAAAUCAUGGGUGAAAGAUACUCUGAAGAUCUGGGCCGGGCCAAGUGGAUACUCAUGUAUAACGUCACUUAAAGGCAAUGAAACCGUGGAUCAUAAAUACAUCUAUGUCAUCUAUGAGAAAGGCCAAAAAGACUAUUUUGAGUCCAUCUCCCUUGUGAAAAUUGACCUGUACAGCGACCAGUGAAGAAAGUCAUUGAUGGGCUGAUUCAUUUUAGAAAGAAAAAACAGCUUGAUCAAGUUGCUUACUUUUGAAAAUCAGUAUUUAGGUGAAGAUGGGUUUUAUUAUUUAAUCAAAUUAAUUGUCUGCCCCUCCAAAAUAAAUAAAUAAAUAGCACUUUCUUCAAUAAUAAAAAUAUAAAAUAAAAUAAAAACAUAUGUAUACAUUUAUUUUGGCAUUUUUUUUUUUUUUUUUAUAACUUCAAAAUGACUCUCUAUAAAACUCCAGAUGGCUACGAUAACCCAAACAACCACAGCAAUCUGCAGCAAAAGAGAGUAGUUUUUAUUUACAUAAUUCAACGAGCACAGUUCAUUCACUGUCAGCUGCUGUGCAGUCAAUGGAAUGAGCUGCUCGUCUUCCACUCACUCUCUGAACAGAGCAGCGGGGAAGCAAGACCUCGUGCCCGCGCAGGACACUACCGGUGACUUUUACAGAGUGCUAUGGUUUGUCCAAAAAGUUGCUAGACCUUAGACCCACCCUGACUGAGUGAGCUGUCAUCAGUCCACCAUUAUUUCACCGCUGGAGCAGAUGAAGACAAGAAUGACUCCUAAGUGAUUGAGGUGUUCUGUUGUUGGAUGUAACAAUGAACAUAACAUUCAUCAUUUACUCCUGAUAUCUGAGCCGCUGAAGAUGCAGUGGGAAUGCGCCCCAAUCUACCUAAAUGGGUCUAUGUUUGCAAAAAUCAUUCGUG